CUCCCAGUAGGCACUGCGGCACUACGUCUCCCAGCGGGCACUGCGGCACUACAGCUCCCAGUAGGCUUUGCGGCUCGCCCUCUGCGCGCGUGGAAUGCCGGGAUGGCGGCGGGAGGCUCAAGGCAGGAGGAGGCGGCAGCGGAGGAAGUCGCUAUGGAGGAGAAGCUGCAGCGGGUUACUUCAUGGCUGAAGAAAAUAUUUGAAAAUCAGCCGAUGCCGCAGUUUGAAGUGAGCACGCAGAACAUUGAUGUCUUGUGUGAGCUUGUAGAAUACAGUGAAGAAAGAGAGAGAGAUGUUUCUUUUCUGAUAGAAGACAUGAAGCAAAGGGCAGCAGAAUAUGAAGCAGAUGCUGAAUAUCUGCAGAGCCUUCUUACAGAAAGCCUCGGUCUUUCACCAUCCAGUCUGUCCAGAAAAGGCACUGCCUACCUUAACACCCUGGUAGACAGUGCAAUGAUACUUGAAACAAAGGACACUUCUCUUAGCAGCUUCUUCUGUGCCAUUGGUGAUAGGAGUUUGGAACUACAUGCCGCAGAAUCAAAAAACAGAGAAAUGGAACAGAAAUUGUUCAGCUUACAGAAAAAACUGACUGCUAUACAGAUGCUGGAAAAGCAGUUAGAGAAGGAUCUUGAAAAAGCAAAGACACGUGUUGAGGUGGAAGGAGCCAAAUCUGAGAGCCGACUUCUUAACUUGCAGUUCCUGAAAGACAAAUCUGAGGAUUUCAAAAUUAGGAUUAAGACUACUGAGGAGCAGCUUAUUGCCGUGGGGUUAGACCAAUCAUUGAUGCAUCAGUCGUUAGUGAGCCUGUCUGAGAAACUGGCUGAAAUGCGGGAAGAAAUUGUGGAUGUGAAGAAGAAACUUGAGCCCUAUCUAGAUCUACCUCCUAAUCUUUCCAUUGCACGAGUGAAGGUUGAAGAAGCAAAACGAGAACUGAAUGCCUUGGAGGAAGAGUUCUCAAAGCAGAUUGAAAUGCUGACUUGUGAUAUGCGGGAAACCCAGAAACUCUAGUUCACCUGAAGUGGCCCGAAUAGAAGAUUUCUUUCUUGUCUGUUUAUUUGCACUAGUGAAACAUUUGGGACUUAGUAUAUUCUGCAGCUUUCUGCCCUACUCUUCUCAUGGCUGGAUGGCACUCUUGUGACCUUUCAGCAAGCACGGUCUUGUCUUCAGUGGUUCACGUAGCAGUGCAUUUGUAAAACCAAUUUUUUCAAUAAAAUUCUUUCUUCUUUUCCUGAA